AUGAGCCUAGACCUGGCGACCGUUUCUGGUUGGCUUUACGCAAUAUGUUGGAGCGUCUCGUUUUAUCCCACAAUUUUGUUGAAUUUGAGAAUUCGAAGCGCCGAUUCCAUCUCUUUCGACUUUGCUAUUCUUAACCUGCUUGGCUACUCGUGUUACACAGCGUCUAUCUAUCUUCAACUAUUCAACAAUACGGUAAGGAAGCAGUUUUCAAAUGUAUUUGGUGGCAACAUGCCGCUACUCUCCAUCAUUGAUCUCGCUUACUCUAUGCAUGGCUGGAUUUUAACCGUUGUACUAUUAUCACAGAUCAUUUUGGGAAACCGGUGGUGGGGUUUUAAAAACACGAGAACCCUGUUCAAGUUCAGUAAGCUUGUCAAAGGCUACUAUGCUGCAUUCGUUCUUCUUUUGCUGUAUAAUAUCUAUUACAGGAAUGAGAAAAACCAGCUCCUGAACUUCACGUUGAACCUUUCCUACUGCAAAAUCCUUGUUAGCUGUACGAAGUACAUCCCACAAGUUAUACACAAUGCAAAGCGAAAGUCCAUGUUUGGUAUAUCGAAGAUGCAGAUUCUACUGGACCUUUCUGGUUGUUUCUUCUCUAUCGUUGAGCUUUUGCUGAGAAAUAAAACAACCUUAUGGAAGCUCUUAGAGGCGAAUAGAAGCAAGCUGGGACUUAUAUUGGUCACAAUGGUAUUUGAUUUGAUCUUCCUGGCCCAAUUUCAAAUGUAUAGGUCGCCUCGCAGAGAGAAGCCCAGUAUGAUCGAGAAGACUCCAGUUUAGUCAUAUCGACGCGUCGAUGCCAAAUUCAGAUAGCAAAAAGUGGAGUUUAAAAAUAAUUUCCUUUUAACUAUGUUCGCCUCCCGUUAUACCUCCCGUCGCCUUGGAUUGAUCGGCCAGCUCCGAAGCCUGUUUAUACAAACACAGUCGACCCCCAACGAGAAUGCGCUUAAAUUUGUGCCCUCAGAGUUCAAGUUUUUGCCAUCUCCUAAUACUCCUACAUUGGAGAUCACAGGUAUAAAAGACGCACUGAACAAAUCUGAACUAGCAUUCAAGCUUUUAAGCGUAAAUGACAAAUCCAUCAAGUCGAUUUUGUUUGGCUACAAUUUCAUAACAGUUAUCAAGGGAGAGAAGCACAGUUGGUCGUUGCUGAAACCAGAGAUCUUUUCGAUUUUAACUGAACAUUUAACUUCAGGACAAGCAGUGAUAAAUCAGAAAUACAUUGACCUACUGGGACAGCAGUCGGCAGAAAACGAGGAUCUUGAUGGAUACGAAGAUGAAGACGAAGUUGUUGCCUUGAUCAACGAACUUCUGAUUACAAGAAUUCAGCCUGCUAUACAGGAAGACGGAGGUGACAUCAAAUUUGUCAGCUUUGAUGCGGACACGGGAACGGUAUUCUUGAAGCUAAUCGGGGCUUGUAAGAGUUGUUCUUCGAGCGAGAUCACAUUGAAAAAUGGCAUUGAAGAGAUGCUCAAAUUUUACAUCGACGAGGUUAAAAGUGUGCAGCAAGUUGCGGACGACGAAGAGCCGAUCAUGGAAAAUUACCAGCGCGUUAAAGAAGAGUAUCCUCCAAGUUUAUGAGUGUCAUGAGUGUUUAUUAAAGAGAUAUAAGAUUAUACAAGUUUUAUAAGUUCCGAUUUUGGUAUGUGUGUAUGUGUUCAUUUCUAUUGGUCUAAGCUUGGUCUUGUGGGCCUUCUGCUCCCUCUUCUUCCCUUUCGCCUUCUUUGACGAAAGGCGAAGCAGGAGGCAUUGGGUAUGGAUAGUAGUAGUAUGGAUUGUAAGAGAUGUAUGGCACCGACAUUGUUCGAGAACCAGGCUGUGGUACUCCCGGACUGUCAACAAGAGGAUAAGAAACCUGAGAUGGGGAAGGUGCUGUCAUUGGAACGAACGCUCCACUGUGCAUGCUUGCUGGAAGGCUGAAGCUUCGCUUGGUGAAAUUCUGAUUCAGAUAGUUGUAAAAGUUGCCAAGGUGAUUUUGAUUAUAAUGAUGCAACCUUCCCUUCUCAAAUUUGUUCUCUUUUCUUUGAGCAAAGGAGACUUCCAGAACAUGGGAAUCAUCCACACGAUAUCCGUUCAUCGACACCAAUGCUUUUGAUGCAUCUAGAGGUUUAUUAAAACAGACAAACCCAAAUCCUCUAGAGCGUCCCUCACGGGACUUGUUUUCUGUGUUUUCUUCCCCUUCAUCAAUCACUGCCGAAUCAUCUGGUGGGUAUGUCAUAAUUUUGGCUGACAUGAUUUGGCCAAAAGGUGCAAAUAAUUCGUAAAGGUCUUGAUCUUUGAAUUCCAACGGCAGGUGUAUUAUGUACAAGUUUGAAUCCUGGUAUUGUGGACCUGCUAUUGGAAGGCCAGUUGCAGUCGAAAUGAGGUUUGAAUCUGGCGAAACAAUGAAAGAGGGGUAAAGAUUGUUGGAAUGCUCUGGCUGAGGAGGCAUAUACUGUGGCUGGAACGGAAGAUAGUUUGGUUUAUAACUAUUCAUCUGGUUGUGCAUCCGAUCCUUCCUUCGCUCAGCCUUUCCGAGUUGUAGUCUAUAUCCCGGAGCGAUCUCGAAUCCAUCUAAGUGUUGUUGUGCUUUGACUGCAUCUUCGUGGCUUUUAAAGUUAAUGAAUGCGUAGCCUCUAUUAUGAUUUCCGGUUCCUUGAGGGAGAAAAACAGACUCGACGUCUCCAUAGCGCCCGAAAACCUGUGCCAACUUUUCUUUCGUUAAGUCGUCUGGAAAGUUCUUCACAUAAAGAUUAGUGUAUUUGAGUUUCCUCAUCUCUAGCUCUUUCAGUCUAUCCCUUUUGGAGAUGUGAUGGUUGACAAAUAGAUGAUUGCCAUCCACGUUAACGCCGUUGAGAUUAUCGAUGGCUUUCUGAGCCUCAAUCCGAUCCGUAAAAUUGAUAAAACCGUAGCCUUUGGAUACUCCAAAAUCAUCGUAUAUGAUCUUACACGAUACAAGUGAUCCGUAUCUGCUGAAUAUCCUGACUAAAUCGUCGGUCGUCGUUGUAGGGAGUAAACCUCUAACAUAAAGAUUUCCAGGUAAUUGUUUUUUGAGCUCGUGCUCUGUGGCAACAUGCUCGCACUCUAUAUCACGCUGUUCAAGGAACUCCUUGAACUUCUCGAAAUGCUCCUUUUCCUCGAAUUUAGCGAAGACAGUCUUCGGAGAUUCCGAGUUGCCCUUCAACACUUCGCAGUUGACUUCGGGAUAGUUGUAGGUAUUCUUAAAGACUGCCAAGAGAUUCUCUAACACAGCUGAGUCUUCGUACAUUUUGAUGACAUUUAGAGGAUUGACUGAUUCCGUCAGUUCCGACGACGUCAUUAUUGAGAUACUCUCUCUUUUGCGAUGCUCAGUUCAGUUGCAAAUAAAUUAAACUUUUAAGAUGAUUAAGAGUUAAAUCGGGGAAAAGUUUUUGAUUUAGAGUCCGGCCUAAGUUAUGUUGAUGGUAUAGAUCGGUUUGAUGGGGAUGCAGAGACAAUAAAGGGAAAAU